UGGCAGUUCCAGGCUAGGAUGUGGGGGAGCUGUGGGGGAGCCUCAGAGGCUUGGGAGGUCCUUGGAGGGCCAUUACAGGAUGCACGUGAAUUGAGUGAGGCCAGGGGAAGACUCUGGGAGGGGUCGAUGGAAGCCUGACUUGGGAGAGGGGUCCUGAAGGGAGGAGAAACCUGGGAGCAACUUACUAGAGUGACUUGCAACUUUCCCUGUUGGCUUCCCCAUUGAUGUUUCCUAUAGGAAGCUGGCAGGGAAAGUUGCCAAUGGUGAUAAGAUGACCGCACUCCCUGCAACGUCAGAAUCACAGCCAAGCACUUGAGCGCCAGGAAUCAUGAUCACUAACUAUUCUGAUUUCAGUUGUUGAGGACUACCUGUAAAAAGUAUUGAGGCACUAAUCUACAGUUAGUCAAAUUUAUUUUUACAUUAGAUGCCUGGAAUUUCAUCCCAGUUCAUUUUUCUAUUUAUCUGCAAAGGGGAGAGAGUGCAGUGGAUUGUUCUCUAACAAUGUUGGAGAAUGAGGAAAAUCUCCAGGCAGCUUUCAAAAAGUUAAGAGUUGAUUCAGAACGAUCCACUGCUUCUCUCCCUGUGAGUGAGGGGGCAUCUCCACAAACAUUUGUAGAAAGUACAGAUGAAUCCAAAGUGAAGAUGACAUUAGGAUCUAAAGAAAGUUGGCACUGGUGUUUGAGAAAACCUUUGAGAGGAACAAUUCGAACCCAACGUCACCGGAGAUCAAAGUCUCCAGUACUCCAUCCUCCUAAAUUCAUCCAUUGCACUAAACAAAUGCCUUCCUAUGGCCAACCCAUCCACAGGAAUCUAACAGAUGCUUUUCAAAGCAACAAAGAUUUGGAUGUGCCAAAGAAAUUUUCUGAAAAUGAACUGGGCAGUCAUCCUCUAGAAUUUGGCAAGAAGGAAUCAGAUGUCAAAGAUUCCGAGGCAUCCAUGAUUGGAAUACCAAAGAAUAUUUCUGAAAAUAUUGGUAGUGUUCUUCCCACAGAAAUUCUAAAGGUCUCAGAUCUUUCUGAUUUCCAGUCUGUGUCUGAACAAAAUAAAGGGAAUUUUUGUGCAUGUGUAAAGAAUGAAUGCCAGUGUAAGCAAUGGCAAAACCUGAAUGUGUACACGUUUUCUGAUAUACAGAACUCCCUCCAGGGUAUAUCUGAAAGAGCAGCACAUGUGCAAGACAGUUCGCAGCUCACAUCAAGAAUUUCCUCCAGUUCUCUCAAAUCUUGCUCUGAACAAGCCAGAGCUCAUGUAGAUGAUGUGACUAUUGAAGACCUUUCAGGUUAUAUGGAAUACUUCCUGCAUAUCCCCAAGGAAAUGUCGCACAUGGCGGAAAUGAUGUACACCUGACCCUAGCCAACAAAGGGCUUUGAUAUCUGCCUCGAAUCAUGCUCCAUCUCAGAAGCAGCUUGCUCUCUGUGCUUGCAAUAAAACCACUUUGCAUUUCA